CUACCAGGAUGAAUCUGCCCCGGGUUCCCCAUGCUCCUGCAGAAAUGUAUAAGACUCUCCUCCGCUAACCACAGCCUAGAGCCCCCCGCCCCCCUCUUUCCCUGACCAUAUACCCUCCCCGCGCUUGUUGCUCGCCAUGGACCUGCUCGAAGGCAUCACCAAGGGGGUCUCCGACCUCGACCUUCUCGACAUGCUUACUGCUCCGGAUCCGCGUCCCACCAAACAUGGAAUUCGAAGGAGAGACUCCGAUCUCGACCCCCUUCUAUUGGCAGCAGCGGCUGCCUACGGCCCGCAUGUCACUCGCAACCAUUACGCCCAUGACUUCUUCCCUGCAGUGGGCGACCCCCGGGAGACCACCCAGGCCCGCAAACCACGUCUGAAGUAUGUCAGCAGGCAGGCGCCUCGGAGUCAAAGGGUAAAGGAGCAGGGCAUUGUAGUGGACGAGGAGAAGGAGAACGGACGUACGAGGGAAGCGGGGGAUCCACUGCGCAGGACCGACAACCUACCUUCCCCUGCACCGCGCACAGUCCCGGCUUCUUCCUCACCACCUUCCAACCUAUUGCAUCCGGAGCCAGCCUCCUCGACCUCUCAUGCUCCUGCGGCCAAGGUUACGAAACCUUCCGCGGAGGUCGGGGUGAAAUGCAUGGCUCGGACACGGGUGCCUACGCCCCACGGACCAGUCUUCCUCCACCUAUACCACAACAACCGCGAUAACAAGGAGCACCUCGCCAUUGUCGUCGACCCUGCGCAGUUCGACGAAGAGACACCCCAGCGCGCCCCUCCGAUCCGCAGCCGCUCUCUAGACGCGGUGUGGUCCGACUCCGAGACGGAGGCGGACCGUAUAACUCGGGGAGCCUACGUCGGCCGCCUCUCCCCCACUUCCCAGCGGCCCUCCGCGCCGGAGGCACACGCCAACGUCACCACGGACAACAUACCCUCACCGCUCAUCCGCAUCCACUCGGAGUGCUUCACUGGCGAGACGAUUGGGAGCAUGCGCUGCGAUUGCGGCGAGCAGCUCGACGAAGCCAUCCGGCAGAUCUCGCAGCCCAUCACGCUCCCACCCGCCGCGUCCACCGCGGAGGGAACGCCGACGACUAUACCUGGGCGGGGUGCCGUCGUCUAUCUCCGCCAGGAAGGCCGUGGCAUCGGCUUGUUGUCGAAGAUCCGCGCGUACAACCUCCAGGACCUCGGCCACGACACCGUCACGGCGAACCUGAUGCUCGGGCAUGGCGCGGACGAGCGCGGGUACGAGGUCGCUGCUGCGAUCCUGCGUGACCUCGGCUUGGGCACGGAGGUCGGCGAGGGCGUGCGGUUGCUGACGAACAACCCAGACAAGGUGCAGGCGCUGGAGAAGGAGGGUAUCCGGAUUGUUGAGCGCGUACCGAUGGUUCCCCGCUCGUGGCAGCGCCGGCAGCACCAGCAUGAGCACGGCCAGGAUGCGCCUAUGAAGGAGGAGGACGCGAGUGGGGUGACCAUGAUUGGUGGGGGUGAGGUGCAUGGAGAAGAUCUAGACAAGUACCUGCGCACGAAGGUACUGAAAAUGGGACAUAUGCUGCCCCUAGGCAUCAUGGACCAGUCGCAACCAUAGCCCCCAGUGUAACCCUAAUGCAAACAUAGUAACUAGGACAAAUCGAAGACAAUUCUGUAGCGUACUGAUCUAUUGGGUAUAACUGUUUAUUUCUAUAUUUUCUAUGUUUCGUCCCAGCGACCAGGACAUGGUGAACAUGAAGUUUGAGAGCAGAUUGUGGUCAGACGGUCGAGUGGAGGAUGGAUCGGUAGGAGCUUGUAGGAGCCCA